GAGGCAUAGGGGGGGCCUGGAACGCAGAGCGGUUUGGUCGUUAGUCGGAGGGGUUUCUUCCGUUAGUUCGGCGACUGCGGCUCUUCAUUGGGCAGCAGGAGCGGCGCGGCUGUCGGAGAAGCGGCGUAAAACUUCGGCAUUGGGUGAAAGAAAAUGGCCCGAACCAAGCAGACUGCUCGUAAGUCCACGGGUGGCAAAGCGCCCCGCAAACAGUUGGCCACUAAAGCGGCCAGGAAAAGCGCCCCCUCUACCGGCGGGGUGAAAAAACCUCAUCGCUACAGGCCCGGGACCGUUGCGCUUCGAGAAAUCCGUCGUUACCAGAAAUCCACCGAGCUUCUGAUCCGGAAGCUGCCUUUCCAGAGGUUGGUGAGGGAGAUCGCCCAGGAUUUCAAAACCGACCUGAGGUUCCAGAGUGCCGCCAUUGGUGCGCUUCAGGAGGCUAGUGAAGCGUACCUGGUGGGUUUAUUUGAAGAUACUAAUCUGUGUGCCAUCCACGCUAAGAGAGUCACCAUCAUGCCCAAAGACAUCCAGUUGGCUCGCCGGAUACGGGGAGAGAGAGCUUAAGUGAAGGCAGUUUUUAUGGUGUUUUGUAGUAAAUUCUGUAAAAUACUUUGGUUUAAUUUGUGACUUUUUUUGUAAGAAAUUGUUUAUAAUAUGUUGCAUUUGUACUUAAGUCAUUCCAUCUUUCACUCAGGAUGAAUGCGAAAAGUGACUGACUGUUCACAGACCUCAGUGGUGUGAGCGCUGUUGCUCAGGAGUGACAAGUUGCUAAUGUGCAGAAGGGAUGGGUGAUACUUCUUGCUUCUCAUGAUGCAUGUUUCUGUAUGUUAAUGACUUGUUGGGUAGCUAUUAAGGUACUAGAAUUGAUAAAUGUGUACAGGGUCCUUUUGCAAUAAAACUGGUUAUGACUUGAUCCAAGUGUUUAACAAUUGGGGCUGUUAAGUCUGACCAUACAUCACUGUGAUAGAAUGUGGGCUUUUUCAAGGGUGAAGAUACAAGUCUUAACCACAGUGUAACUUACAGUUUCCUUAUUAAAAAAAAAAAAAAAGUAAACCUGGCAGCUAUAGAAUACACUAUGUGCAUUUAUAAUAGCUAUUUUAUAUAUUGUAGUGUCAACAUUUUUAAAUUAAAUGUUUUACAUUCACAUGUGGUGGGGAGUCUUGUCAUUAAGCUGUGUGUACUAUAGAGUCCGGUUGGUUUUCUCCUAACUAGACUGCACUUGUUUUUCAUACGUAGUAAAAUGCUUUGCGCAUUAUACCUUGCAUAAGUCCUCAUUCUACCACAUGUUAACUGAACUUCUAGCUGAUAAUGCAGACACUAACGGGGGGAUUUAUUUAUAAGGGCUCUAGAAUAUAAUACAAGUUAUUCACACCAGCAUCAUCUGUUACUAAUAUAGUAGUUAGUGCAGCUUUUCUUUGUGUUGUGGUUGGUCUCAUAACUAGGUUGAGUUUUUCUCUACCAAGAGGGAACAAUACUGAACUUCUUUUCCUUGUGGAGUUUGUAUUAUAAUAACCCUUAGGGUAAACUUGCUGUGGGGGAGGGACACACAGCUUCAGCUCAUGGAACCUCUGCCAGUUAAAAUGGUGUCAUCUGGUAUAAGGUCCUGGGAAAAAUCACUUAAUAGAGAUGGCUUUCCAAGUGGUUUUCAAAUUUAUCCUUCUAUCGAAGUUUUUAGGUCAAUUAUGUAUGUUGACUAAAUUUACAAAUAAACUUGUUUAUCCAA